AUGGGGCCCAAAAAGCGUCCGCUGGCUCGAAGAAGCUGCCUCAAAUGUCGCGAAAAGAAGGCACGCUGCGAGCUGCCAGACGUCUACGUAGAUAGCUCCAAGACACCUCUGCCGACAGACAAACAGUGCCAUCGCUGCAAUGUCCUUGGCAUCGAAUGCAUCGUUUGGGACGGCGACCGCAAACGAAAGCCAAAGCUAGAUUAUCGCUCGACCGCUUCCCCCAGCAGCUCUGUUGAGCGCGGUCGAGCGACAUCUUCCAACGAGUCUGCUGCAAAAGACAGCGGCGUAGCUCAUCAUCAAACAUCAAACACAUUGCGGGCUGCGAGAUCAGCCGAUGGAGUCGGCCCCUCUGCUUUUGCUGUCGGCCCCUCCCAGAAUGCAGACGGUGAACAGCUAGCAGCCUCUGACCUGAAUCAUGCUCAGAGCCUGCUCAUCAACAGACAAAGAGGCUGGAAGACCUUAUCUACCACCUUACACACUCUCAUAGAGCGCUUGCAGCGCAAACAAAGGUAUGACAACUAUCUCAAGAUGCGAAUCGACACGCCUCCUUCAACACCAGACAUAGUGACCUUCCUCCAACCCGACAAGAUGGUGCUGAUGGAUCUGCAAUUGCAGGACUACCUCGUCGGACAUCCUUAUUUGCCCUCACUGACCAGUCUGCACCGUCAGCAGUCUCUCAGCGCGAAUCGACCACGAGCCCUGCUGCUAGCCACAUUGACAUUACUUGCUCUGAAAGGGCUCGAAGAUGAACUGUCGUCGCCUGACGCUCGGAACCUCUCCAACUACGUCGAUCGGCUCGGUACACAAAUGCUACUAUCAUCGCCACGCGAUAUCCAUCUCGUCAUGGCCUUUGAGCUUUUGCUUUCUCACGAACCCGGCCUUGUUGGCACUGCUGCUUCCCAAUUCGAGCUCGAUGGCAGAGGUUUCGGUCUGGCUUCCGAGAAUCUUCUCACUUGCUCGCUCAGGAUAGCCAGGGAGCUCAAAUUGGACGAUUCCAUCACAAGUACACAACAGUCGUCAUCAAAGGGGCUUACACAUCUCAGUCUAUGGUGUUGCCUGCGCUCUUGGGAGGCACUCUACGCCUUCUUAGGUCAAAGACUCACGAUUAUCGAUGAUCUGGAUGUUCAAUUUGCUGCCAAUGCACAUAAGCUGCUGUACAACGUCGAUGAGGAAGGGCAGAAGCUGCCAUCUCCACCGCGGCUCCAGGAUCCGAACGGCCCGACCACCAAAUCCUACAACGAGAUGCGAGAAUUUUGCAGCAGUUUAGAGAAGAAACAUGGCCGAGAUGGCAUUCUACGUUCUGCUGGUCGUACCGUGAUCUGUAAGCGCGUGGAAACCGCUUGUUGCUUCUUGAGCGGCUUGCGUCAGCUUCAAGAGACAAUCUCGGAUGCUCAACUGUCGCAGGAAGAGAAGCACCAGCGAUAUACUGACCUUCACUGGGAAACUACUGGCAGGAUUCUUAGUGUUCGAGAUCGUACGGACGAAGCCUUGGGAGUCUAUGCCGGCCAACGCCUGGUGCGUUUGUGGGAACAGUUCGUGCACAUCGAAUGUGCCUUCUUCUCCGCUCUGAUCGGCAGCCACCAUACUUCGUGCAUCUUUUCGGGCAAGUUGGAGGGCUCGAUCGAUGCCACCGAGUUGAUGCGCUCAGUCCGAUUUCGAUUGAGUGGUGCUCAGCACAUCUCUGAGGUUGGAGCCUUCGGCAUGGAGAUGAGUCGUGCCUUACUUUCUGGCGUGGCGCAGCUGGAUCGUCAACCUGUGCUGCACAGAUCCAACUCUCAAGCCCAAAUUUCACCCAGGUAUCUGCAACGCUUGCCGACGUUGCUUCUGUGUGCCAUGACGGUGCACGGAGCCAGGAGAUGUCUAGAGAGCAUUGCGUUUGUAUUGGUCGCUUGGGCACGUACGUCUAGUGACGCUUCACUGAACAUCACCGUGAUGGAAGCGUCCGCUCAGAGCAUCAGACGGCUGUUGCCUGAAAGCUCCAAGUCGAACGCCGACACAGUUGCGCAGAUCUCUGCCGACUACAUUGACGAGAUGAUUGAAAUGGCCCAACUGUGGCAGGUGUUCUAUCGUGUCUAUCGUCCCGUCUCCUCGCUUCGGAACGAUCAGACGUCGAAGGGGGUCCCAAACCGAGGGACCUCGACGCAGGCCGAAGAAUCCUUUGAAAGCCACGCCGCUGCUGAUGCGGACGGUCGAUCCGUCCGCGCAGAAACGUCCGCAAUGGACUUUCUUGCAUCGGCGGCGGAAGCAGUGCAGGGUUCGGGUGCUCUCAAUACGGAUCCAACGCGGGCAGUCAACCAGCAAGUACGCCAUACGACAACGACUGAAUCAGCCAGAGUGCCAGAAGAAGCUUCAAGAAAUCAUCCUUCCGCCAACAAUGAGUCGAUGAGCGAGGAAGCAUUGUUCUGGAAUUUACCGGGUCUAGAACCUUCACACGCCGCUUCGACGGCUUCUGUCACUCCCACACCCGGCCAUUCGGAUGUGAUGGAUGCGAGCAUGUUCGAUGCCUGCAUUCCCUUUGAUCUCGAAGCCUUUCUCAAAGAUGUAGACCAGCUUUUUUGA